AUGCGCAUACUUCUGCUGAUGAAGAAAGAAGCUGUUGGGUCGCUGAGCGACCUCAAUGCCAAGGAAGUAACGGAGAGCACCCAAAUGCUUGAUGGCGAACUCAUCACGCAGCCAGAGAGUAAUCUGCUGAAGAAGGGCUGUGGAGGAGGCCGUUACGAUGAUGUCGUCGACAUAGAGCAGCAGGUAAGCAGUCGUGUUGCCAUGGUGAUAGAUGAACAACGAGGCAUCCGAGCGAGUGACACAAAAGCCCAGUGUCUGAAGAGAACCGGCGAUACGCUGGUAUCAGGUGCGAGGUGCUUGCUUGAGGCCGUAGAGAGACGGAGACAGCAAGCACACAUGGCCAGGAUGCGUGGUGUCGACGAAACCAGUGGGUUGCUCACAGUAAACCUGCUCCGCAAGGUGACCAUGAAGAAAGGCGUUGGAAACGACGUCCAUCUGAUGAACUGGCCAGCUGCGAGAGACCGCCAGCUGAAGAACAGUGCGGAUCGUGCUCAGUUUGACAACCAGUGCAAACGUCUCGGUGAAGUUAACUCCAGCAUGCUACCAAAAACCACGGACCACCCAACAAGCCUUAUAAAGCUUGAGAGUGCCAUCCGAGCGGGUCUUGUGACGAAAGACCCACUUGCGGCUGAUGACGUUGGCGCGGGGGGGGGAACCAAUGUCCAAGUGCGGUUCUGCUGCAGAGCAUCGAACUCUUCCUGCAUCACAGCAAGCUAG